AUGGACACGGCCAAGAUCCUAGAUAGUCCACGUAGAUAUGCGCAAUUCGUCGCACCGCAGCGGCAGCAAAAGCAGGGCCCCCCUAGGCUGGAUGCCUAUGCGAGGUUGUUGGCGAGGUUCUACGAGGUGCUAUUCUUCUCCCGCGUCGCCUCCCAAACUCGCGGCCUCCACACGGAGUACCCACCGGACAGAAACGACGAGCAGGCCUGUCGACGAAGAUUUCUCCGAAACAUUUCCUUCAUCUGCGACUUCGACAAGGGGGGCGCCUCAUGCACAGCCGUUGGCCUCGAGGACAGCGAGGCAUGCUACAAGUUCUGGGUUGCGUCGAACGCGCCGAGGAACAAGACGGUUGACAUCCUCCGUCAAGUACUUCGGUGCUUGGCCCGACUGACAACGACUCCUACGACGGAUAUGGACAAGAAGACGGAGGAGUUCCACGCUAUGUGUCUGGAACUCACGAAGCCGCGGAUCAAGAAGGAAUGGAAGCUGCUGAAACGAGCUAUCGGAAAAAUAUCUGGUACCCUCGCAGAUUCGGAACAAGAUCGGGCGCUGCUCGGAUGGCUCAGUGCCUUCUCGUACAAGGAUGAGAUCCAGAUCUGCAAGUCCGCCCAUGAAGCAAAGGACUCUCCCCUCAUCAAGGAGAUGGGGCUACGGGCAAGACAGCAACACGUAUCCAAGCCUGGCUGGAGAAGCCCAUUUGCCGACGCGAAGCAUUACGUCGGGCGCCUUGCUCAGCACGUUGUCUGCAUCGAAGAGUUGAUUCAAGACUCGCACGAAUUUUCCCACGUCUUAGAUACGUACGAAGUCCACAUGAUUGCGAAGCGCCCUAACGUACAGGCCCCCGUCAGCGAUGCCCAUACUACGCUGGAUAGCAUCCUCAAUAGGAUGUUCAGCAAGGGAGACCCAAAGAAAGACGAGGUGAAGGAGCAUCUCUUCCGACUUGACCAUCAGUCUAAUCGCACCUUCUUCCUGCGGUUCCUGAAGCAAUACUCCGAUUGCAGACCGCAGGUUCACGCCGAGAUCCAGGUUCUGGAGCACUUCUACGAAAGCGGGUUGGCCUUUGCCGACAACGACCGUUACAUAGGAUGCAGCAAGCCCUCCUGUUACUGCUGCAUGCUCUACUUCAAGCACCACCCGGCUGGCAUGGUGGUGCCUGAAUCGCAUCAGAACGUCUGGAGUAACUGGGCGCCGCCCCUUGUGGAAAAGUAUCAGAAAGAUGACCCCGAGUUUGUCCGUCAGAGGAAUGUCUUGAACGCCGUGAUCAGAGACCUUCGCCACGAUUUUACUCAACAAAUCACCAGUGGCAUGGGACCUCCGAGCUGGCACCCCGACUCCGUAUCUGCAACGUCGAUGGUCCCUCCAAGGUGA